AGAUGAAGAAAAUGAAUAUACUGCAAUAAUGUCGAAUUAAAAAAAAAGAAAAUGAAAAUGCGAUAAUUACGGAAUAAUGUAAGCUGGAAGGCAAAAAAUAAUUAGCAAAAACCGUUCCAUCUUCUUUAUUAGAUGUAAGUGAUCCUGAUAUCAAUGACAGCUGAUUUUCACCGGAAUUACAUCAGUCUCGGAAAAAUCGAUGAAACUUACCUGUGUUGGUGCACACGAAUAGACUUCAACAAGUUCUCAUGGACGUGAAUAAUCGGCUAGUAGUGGUGACCGGGCAUUUAUAGAGCCCGCGCCUCUUACAAUUCGGCAAUACUCCUCCGACGCUCCGAAGGAUCUCUUCGUCUUAAAGAGGAACUAGUGACAUGUGUUGUGACUUAAUCGGAACAUUUUUAAUUUGACAAGGGGAAUUUUUUGAAACUCUGCAUUAUCACCGUUAGAUCUGCAGCUUCGUGCGAAAAUUUGGAAAAAAAUUACUCAUCAUGGCUUCAGAGGCAUUAUCAAACGGUCAGGGAAGAACCGGUCUCAUUUCCACGAGGUAUAUUAUGGCAAUGUUGGGCUCCAUCGGUCUAGCCAUAAUCUAUGGUUUCAAGGUCAACGUGAGUAUCGCAAUCAUAUCAAUGGUCAAUCACACAGCCCUGAAUAACGGCUCGAGCAACUCCUCCGUGGGCCUUGAGGAUGGGCCAUUCGUCUGGGACAAUAAAAUGCGUGGACUGAUUCACUCCAUGUACUUCACUGGCUACCUCAUAUCCAUGAUACCCAGUGGAAUUGUCGCUGAAAAAAUAUCUGCCAAAUGGGUGAUGAAUAUUGCAGUACUUCUCAAUGCUGUUGCAUCAAUAUGCAGUCCAGUGGCUGCUCACAUUUCACCAGCUGCUUUUGCAGCGAUGAGAUUGAUCCAGGGACUUGGUGGUGGUGCCAGUUUCCCAGCGAUGCACGUGAUGAUAGCAAAAUGGGCACCACCUAAGGAACGAAAUGUCAUAGGAUCAAUUAUUUACGCUGGAACUGCUCUAGGAACUGUCAUAUCGAUUCUUCUGACGGGUUUGAUCGCUGCUGACAUGGGUUGGGAGGCUGUCUUCUACAUCGAGGGAGGCCUGUGCUUCAUUUGGUUCACUGUCUGGUGGAUAGCCAUUGCUGAUUCACCCGCCGACCAACGACGAUUCAUCUCCGCUCAGGAGAGAAGCUACAUUCUGAGUUCUCUUGGAAAUUCCGAGUCUCGGCAUGAGAAAGAAACUUCACGAAUUCCCCUGCGACAAAUAUUCUCGUCGAUGCCAUUCAUUGCUAUUCUUGUUGCGCAUUUCUGCAGCAACUGCGGGUGGUACAUGCUGCUGACACAAUUGCCUACUUAUAUGAAUGAAGUUCUACAUUUUGAUUUGAAAACGAAUGCUGGCCUCUCAUCACUACCAUUUUUCUGCAUGUGGUUAUUCACUCUGAUUCUGAGCUAUGUUCUAACAAAAUUGCAAGGGGCAGGCGUUAUCACUCUGACAUUUUCGAGGAAAAUUGGAACUCUCUUUGCUUCUGUGGUGCCAAUGAUCUGUCUAGUAAUUGUAUCGUACGUGGGAAAUGCCUUGGGAGCUGUUGCUCUAAUGACAAUUGGAGUCACCUGUAUAGGAGGAAUGUACUGUGGUUUCCUAGCUAAUCACAUAGACAUUGCUCCUAACUUUGCGGGGACUCUCGUAGCCAUCACCAAUGCCGUUGCAACGAUACCUGGGAUAGUGAUGCCUAAUGUAGUGGGAUAUCUGACCUCAAGCAAGGAUCCAGAUGAGAAAUUAUUCGCCUGGAAAAUGAUAUUCUUUGCCACUGCCGUAUUCUACGUAAUUGAAAUAAUUGUCUACUGGAUAUUCGGAACAGCGAAAGAACAACCAUGGAACAAGACUGAUUCAUCUCACCCACAGGCCGUUCCAUUAGGUAGAAAUGAUGAUUAAAUUAAUUUAUCCCUAUAUUGCCACAAAAAAAUUGCAGCUAAAGGUGAAGAAUUUGAAUCGUUUUAACUCAAAUAUUUUUUAUUCUCCUCUCAUUUGACGAAUUAUUCAUCACAGUAUUAAUUAAAAAAAUUAUGUGUUAAGGCACUAUUCUCUUUUGUCAGUCACACUUUAUUUACAGCAAGUACAUUUUGAUGUACACCAUAUUCACUGGACCCUCACAAUUUUACUGAAAUAUGUUGGUCCAAAGUUUGAUCCUUUCGUUGGUAACACUACUGUUCCAUAUUUAAAUCCAAGAUCCUCAGCAAAUUUGUAAAUCGUUUUCAAUGGCCCUAGUCCCUCCGUGAUGUCUCUAGAAAUAAGUAAAUAAUGACUGAAUUAAACAAAAAAUCUUAAAUUAUUCAUCCCACCAUUGAUAAAAAAAAUGUUUCAAAUUCUUCGUUGAAUUUUUGUGAUCAGAACGAACAAACUGUAUACCUCAAUUGCAAAUUAUUAUUUUUAUUAUUAACUGAUUAAUUAAUUAAGAACGAGAAGAAUAGCAUACAUCUCAUUCUAUUGUACAAAAAUUCGUAAGUGUAAGAAAAGCUGAACAAAUGUUGUAAUAUUAUCAGACUAAAAUUUGUGAGAUAGUGUA